GACGGAUGUGAUUCGGUGGUUACACGCGCCGAGCGCCUACACGUCUUAGGUAAGCCGCUGGCAGAUGCUUCCGUCGUCGAGAGUAGAGUGGCCGACGCCGACAGUCUGUCCCAGCUUGGUCUGUCCCUCCAGCUCCCUCCCUCUUAGCCGGCACACGCGACCAUCCUCGUGCUCACUGUCCCCCUUGUUUCUGCACUCGAGUCGCCGAGCUCCUCUCUCGUCCUAUCACUCAUUGUCUCCAGCGUUCUCUCCUGCUCUCUUCAUUCCGCACUAUGUCGGACGAUCUACGAGCAGCAGGACUUAGAGGGCCACGAAGGAACAAACCUCGCAUACUCCUCGUUAGCAAUCCUACAGAGAGCAGCAGCGAAGAUGAGAGAAGUCCAGCAUCAAUCUCCUUUCCCUACACACAUCAGGCAUCACACUCGAGCACCUCCCAACCAUACGUGCCACCGCAGGCACCGCCUGCCAACACUAGAGUUCCUCCUCCUCCUUUGACUACUGAUCUGUCGGGGCAUAGGACUUUCUAUCCUUCAUCACGAUCAAACCCCUCAAAUCCCGCCCUUUCAUCGCCCUCCAGCACAAGUUCCCAUGCCCGCGAAUCUACUCCACCACCAACUACCCCCGGUCAGAGUCAACCAUCUGUUGAUCUUACAUCUGAAGGCACUUUCAGGUCAGACCAUACCAUUGUGCCCAUCCACGAGAGAUCAGAUUCUCUCCCCAACCAUGCUCGUGCUGCCGCUCAGUACGAUAGACCGAAACCACAAUCGUCUCGCCCGAGCCAUAUCCAUCAUGCCUCUUCUAGGCCUGCUACUGUAUGUAGUGGUACUAUGUGUUAAUCUCUCGUACACUGACAUGAUAUCUCAGUCGCCCACUCUCUCAACGCCGGACUCUUCCACAGCUGGCGGCCAAUUUCGCAGCACUUCUAAUCCCUCAGUCAACAUAUUGGUCACUUCUGACGCUGAUACUAUGAUAAGGGUAGAUAUCACAGGCUUUCGAGAUGCUGCAUUUAUUCGAGAGAAAAUCUUCGCUAGAGUAAGUCGAAACGGACAUGACUUCAUCAUCAUCUUUUUUCUUACUUUAUUUCAGUUGCAAGUUUCUGAUGAAGAUCAACCUCGACACUCUAUAUACCGCACUGAAAUUGGCCAAUUUGCAAUUGGUGAAGCCCUUACUGACGACCAGCUAUUCGAGCUCUGUCGCGAUCAAGGUGACGCGACUGGUACCAUAAAGCUUCUGGUUUCACCUUCGCAUGCAUUUGUUCACGAACCAGCUAUGGAACCAGUAGUGACUUCGCCUAUUGUCAACACUAUUGUUCCACCCGUGCUUCCGCAGCACGGUUUAUAUCCACCGCUUCGACCGAAACGGAAAGCUAACUCCAGACGGGGUAGCUUUUCCUCCGCGGCAAGCGAAAGGCUUCCACCUGAAGUCAACACUGGCUACGAAGCAUCGGUGUCGGAUGACCUUGACCAUGAUCGGGAGCCGCGCAGAUCAACAAUCAGACCGUUACCGCAACAUACGGGGCCACCGCCUCGACCGCGAUCUCCUGUGUAUUCCAGGCGUCCCCAGUCACCCUGCAACACCUUCUCCCCCGAUCGCCCUCAGAUGCACAGCCCUGAGGCUCAGAGUGCUCGUUCUGACAGAACGCAUCGCAACGCACUACCUACCCCGCCGGCUUUGUCCAGUUCUCCGCAAGCUUCACGUUUCCAAGAUCCGUCGCACUCUCCCGGCUGGCAGAAUCGUUCUGUUGCGGACGCAUCUGCAGUACUACCAGAUAAGUCCGAAAUAGUCGAUCAGCAGCAGUGGCGGAUAUUCCAAGAGCGCGAUGUCAACCACAAAGAAAAGGAAGAGCGCGAUCGCACUCGUCGCAGGGAGAUACAGGCCCGUCGGGACGGGGGUUUGCGACGCGCGAAGGCUCAUCACGAACCUGACAGCGAACAUCGACGUCGUGAAGGAUGGACUGUUGUUCCGCGCAAUGUUCCUCCAAGUGACUAUAAGAAAGAGCGCCCGACAACCCCUCAGGAAUCCCGUCAAACUGGGUCUUCUCGCACUCAUACGUCGCCUCAGCCAUACCCGCUCACUAUCCCUCCAAUCCCUCCGCAACCGCGCAUGGAUCCUCCCGCUCCUCCUGUGACUUCACUUGAAGGUCGUUCACGGAACAAACGUCCUACGAAUGUGGUCCCUCCGGGUUGGGCUCGAGGUUAUAACCCUGACGGUCCUGGAAAGCUCGAGAAGACACCUUUGCAGACAAGUCCUCCGCCAUGGAAUCGUAUGUUGGCAAAGAGCAUGAAUGAUCUUCGAGGCGCUUUCAAUAAACAGGGUCCCCAGGUACCACCAAGCUUGCAGCCUGGACGCAGUAGGGCUACUCCGACCCAACUUCCCUUGUCAAGACCGGCGACUGGUGGUAGUACACCAUCAAACAAUGUAUCGACCGUUCAGUUUGCGGCAUCAGAGGUUACCUCACCUUAUAGGGAACCAACAUCGUUUUCUGAGAUCGGUCUUCCUAAAUCAUAUGAAGGUCCUCGAGGCGGUACACAUUCACCAAUCACUACAUACAACAAUGUUCGACAAGCAAAUCCCUCAGCUGCGACUGGUUACUUGGGACUCGCAUCCUCCGGUCAAGAUCCUUUUCCUCGUCCUCGUUCGGCUCUAGGUGUCGAUCCGUCUGGUUCGCCUUACAGGCCUUCUCGACAUCUCCAAUCACCUAGCGGUCCUGACUUCCCCACUGAUUCCGUGGCUCGCUCUCCUCCACUUCCUCCGCCACAUUAUUAUCCUGCGAGCAUAACAUCGGUUCCCUCAGGUUCUCAUCAGGAGGAUAGUGGUUAUUCGAGUCAUAUGCAAACCUCGAGCUUUGGAUCUAGACCUCCUCCCCAUGGCCAGUCUCAUUCUGAAGGUCCGGGCGGAAUUGAGCAUGCACCUCACCACACUCCGCAUCCUGGAAUACGCGCCCUUCCCAUCCCUGCUCCUCCGGCUCCCCGAAGUCCGAUCGCCACAAUGACACCUUCGGCGGACUCUCGAGAUGCUGAACGCAGAACCACUGAGCAGGCCCCAAUUACGCGGACAAUCUCGACCUCUUGGCCUGUACGAGAGGAUGAGUGUUCUGAGAACACCGUGCGACGUGAGGACCACAAUCGUUAUCUGAACGCACUCACAGAACAAGCUGGCUCGAGUACUGCUCUACCUAACAGGAACAGGACGGUAACACCUCCGCAGCACUCAACACAGACUCAGUCCUCCGGUUCUGUUCAGAGCAACACAUCGACUCUGGUACCUACUUCUUCGGCGGCAGGUAGUGGAUCUACUCUAGUCGAUUUUCCCGCGCAGAGCGAUCAAGAUUCUGAUGGUGAUGGUACACUCUGGAUAGUUAAGCCCAAGAUAUCAGGCAACGGUAACCAACCUCCGUGGCAAGAUUCGAUUCCUCCGCCUCCGCCUCUCAAGUCCUCAGAGAAUCAUCGACCAGUCCUUGCUCCUAUCAGCACAGACAAUUCUCCAUCGUCAAAUAAUACUGCUUUGCCUGAACCUUCCUACCGCGAAUAUCCUAGAGGGACGCCUUCUAACUUCCCUGCUCCACCGAACUAUAUACCCGAUCCACCUCGUAUGGCUAGAAAGCAGGCCACGGUACCAGGCACUAGCAAACGACUACAGGAUCAGCGCACAAGUAGGUUCGAUAAUAAUUUCGACUACACUUGGGCACCCCGUCCUCCCGUGGAAGAGGUCGUAGAGCGUCUCCAAGAAUACUUCCCUGAACACGAUGUCGACAAACCGGUCAUUGAAGCUUCUUCCGGUGGUGCUUCGCCUACUUCAGCUGAACAUCCGACACUGAUGCCUCAGCCCGGUAAACGUUUUGGACACAAGAAGUCGAUUCGAUAUGUUGCUGCUGAACACAAGAGGCGUGUCGAUCGAUCAUCUCGUAUGGAGCCCGCCAAUGUCCAAACUUCACUCAGGAAACGUAACACGAAGUUAUGGGGCAGUAGGGUUGAGGAGGUCACUUCGGACCAGGCUAGGGAUGACAUGCCUUCCAUGACCUCCGAAACUUCCCCUGGCGGCGCGAAACCUAUCUUCCGAUGGGUCCGUGGCGAACUGAUUGGAAAGGGUACCUAUGGCAAGGUAUAUCUGGCACUCAAUGCCACAACCGGCGAGAUGAUUGCCGUGAAGCAGGUAGAAAUCCCACGGACCGAUAGCGACAAAAAUGACUCUCGUCAAGUCACCGUCGUUGAAGCGUUGAAACUAGAAAGUGAGACGCUGAAGGAUCUUGACCAUCCCAAUAUCGUGCAAUAUCUUGGUUUCGAGGAAACUCCCACUUUCCUCAGCAUUUUCUUGGAGUACGUGCCUGGUGGCUCAAUCGCUAGUUGUCUACGCAAGCAUGGCAAAUUCGAUGAGGAAGUGACGAAGUCAUUCACCGGUCAAAUCCUGGCGGGUUUGGAAUAUCUCCAUUCUAAAGGCAUCUUGCAUAGAGAUUUGAAAGCGGAUAAUAUCCUUGUCGAGACGUCUGGUAUCUGCAAGAUAUCAGAUUUUGGCAUCUCGAAACGCACUGACGAUAUCAACAUGGCUGGUAUUCACACGUCAAUGCAAGGGACCGUCUUUUGGAUGGCGCCCGAAGUCAUCAAUUCACAGAAGGGAGGUUAUAAUUCAAAAAUCGAUAUCUGGAGUGUAGGAUGUGUCGUCUUCGAGAUGUGGACAGGUCAGCGGCCGUGGAGCGGUCAAGAAGCCAUGGCCGUCUUGCUCCAGCUCUAUCAAACACGACAAGGACCACCUGUCCCACCCAAUGCUCACCUUUCACCUCUUGCGGAUGAUUUUCGACAGAAAUGCUUCGCUAUGGAUCCGGAUGAACGUCCGACCGCUGCUGAGCUACAGAAACAUCCAUACCUAGUGCUCCAGCCGGACUGGACCUUCAAUGGCUUCAAGUAGAUCCGAAAUACACCAGUUAUCCACAAUCUAUUGUUGUACCAUUUACGACCUUCAUCGUUUGUUAUGAACGUUAUGCUCCAUGUCAUUGUGCACUUCUAGUCGAUAUCCGCAUUCUUCCAUAUCCACCAUUGCAUUCUCCUACACCCCUACAUCGCUGUAGCCCUGCUUCACAUUUUAAUCAUGUUUUCGUUUCGUUUCGUGUUCUUUCUUUCUGGAUUCUCCCUUCAUGUCGUAGUUCAGUCGUACCUGCAUAGCUAUGAGAUAUACAUGCUCGAUCACACAUUACUGGUCCAGCAAAUGUGUUUAUUUCGAAUGAGUGUAUGACGUCAGUUUACACGAACACUUCGGCUUCC